AUGAUAUCAUUAGGUCGCGUUGUUCACAUCAUCAAUAAUAAUAAUACUAUCGCAACAAAGAAGAUUAGCCAAAACUUAACUGUACUGUUAAAUAGACAACAACAGCAACAACAACAACACAUUUACAACUAUAAUAGUAAUAAUAAUAAUAGUCAGAGUUAUCGAUAUAUAACUCGUUCUUCAUUCACAGUACCUACAACUACUACAAAUACUGCUAGCAGUUACACAACAUCAACAAGAAGAUUCCUCUUUACCGAUAAUACAAACAAGAAAAAGAAGAUGGAACCUGAAACAUCGAUAACGUCAUUCGAAUCGAGAGCAAAGAUUGAUACUUUGACCGACGAUAAUAUGAGAGAUGCUGCAGACAAGAUUCGUCGUGGUGGAUUAGUUGCAUUCCCAACCGAGACAGUCUAUGGAUUAGGCGCCAAUGCGUUGGAUGAGAAGGCUGUGCUGUCGAUUUUCGAGGCCAAGGGCAGACCUUUGACCGACCCGGUUAUUGUGCACGUUAUCUGCAAGGAUGAGGCUGCCAAGCUACUCGAAUUGACCGACGCACAAAAGAGACUCUUUACAACACUCACCGAUGCAUUUUGGCCUGGUCCGCUGACUAUUGUCGGACGUGCCUCAGCACUCAUCCCACCUAUCGUCACUGCACAGACUGGAUAUGUUGGUGUACGUUAUCCAAAGCAUCCAGUUGCACAACGUCUCAUUAAAGAGUCGCAGUGUCCCAUUGCAGCACCGUCGGCCAAUCGUUUCGGACAUGUCAGUCCCACCCUCCCCAUACACGUGUUUGACGAUCUCGGACACUCACCCAUUACAAUUCUCGAGCCUGGACAAGACGCACCAUGUGCCUUUGGUAUCGAAUCAACCGUCCUCAAAAUUGUCGAUGAUCAUACCCUAUGCAUCUUGAGAAAGGGUGGUGUCUGCGAAAAAGACAUUAAACAACUCUUCCAACACCAAACCAUCUCCAUUACAGCAGUCAACAAACAAGUUUCAAACAAAACAACUGAAGGUCAAGAAGCACCAGGUCAACUCCUAACUCACUAUGCUCCAGAUAUUCAAGCUUAUAUUUUACUAGAUAUCAUCAUAAACACAGAAAAUGGAAAUGGAACAACCAACAACAACAAUCAAGAAGAAAAUAAUAGUUUUAAUUUAUCAGAAUGUGUAUUUAUCGAUUUUGGUGAUUAUUUAAAUAAGAGUCGAAGUAGUAGUCAAAGUCAUAGUAGCAGUAGUAGUAGUCAAAGUAAUAAUAGUAACAAUAAUAAUAAUAAUAUAGAGAAUGAAUUUUUGGCAUUCAAAGAUUUAUCAAAGACAGGAAAUGUAUUAGAGGCAGCCAAUGUCUUAUUUUCAACACUCAGAUGGAGUGAAUCACAACAACAAGCCAAAAUCAUCCUUCUUCCAGAUUUGAGGAGAGAUGAUGUUAAAUCACUCGAUUAUAGUGACGCUGUUUUCGAUAGAAUAUUUAGAGCUGCUAGCGGAAAGGUAGCAAAAAUCGAUUUAUCAAAGAAAAGAUUCCAUAGUGACUUUUUAGAUUUAUCUGCUUAUGCUGGACAAGAUAUUAAUACUAGUUGUAAUAAAAAAAAUGAAUCAACUAAUAAUAAUAAUAAUAAUAAUAAUAAUAAUAAUAAUAAUAAUAAUAAUAAUAAUUAUAAUAAUAAUAAUAAUAAUAAUAAUAAAUUAAAUUAA